UGUUAUCAGGAACAGUUCAGCUCGUUGUUUCAUUUUUAGCUCAAUUCAUAAGCAUGGAGUGAUACAUAAACCAUUCUAUCUUUAAAUUCCUUUUAUCUGUCCUUAAGAGAGAAAAAUCUUUCCGAGAUGCUUAUUUGAAGGUAUAUGGAUAAAUACAUUAGUAGAUAAUAUAGUGCGACUGGAAAGAAAGAGAUGAGAGAGGAGUCAACAGGCUUGAUAAUUGGGUUAUCAGUUGGAGUGGUGAUCGGUGUGGCUUUGGCUAUAGCUGCAUUUUUUUGCUUUAGGUACCAUAGGAAGCAUUCCCAGAUAGGAAAUAGCAGUUCUAGAAGGACUGCCGCCAUCCCUAUUCGUGCAAAUGGGGCUGAUUCUUGUACGAUAUUGUCGGACUCAUCGGUUGGGACUGAAUCACCCAGGUCAACAAUACAAAUUGGUUUGCCGUUGUGGCUAGGGGGACUGAAGAAGGCCAGUUUGGUUUCUGCAUCAGGGAUAUUGGAGUACUCUUACAAGGACCUGCAGAAAGCGACCUGUAAUUUUACCACAUUGAUUGGUCAAGGGGCAUAUGGUCCUGUUUUCAAAGCUCAGAUGUCGAGUGGUGAAACUGUUGCUGUUAAAGUGCUUGCAACUGAUUCAAAGCAGGGGGAGAAAGAGUUCCAAACAGAGGUUAUGUUAUUAGGAAGGUUACAUCACAGGAACCUUGUGAAUUUGGUUGGAUACUGUGCAGAGAAGAACCAGCAUAUGCUUAUAUACGUCUACAUGAGCAGAGGGAGUUUGGCUUCUCAUCUUUACAAUGAAAAUCUUGAUCCAUUGAAUUGGAAGUUACGGGUUCAAAUAGCUCUUGAUGUGGCUAGGGGCUUGGAAUAUCUUCAUGAUGGAGCUGUUCCCUCGGUGAUUCAUCGUGACAUUAAAUCAUCCAAUAUUUUGUUGGACCAUUCCAUGAGAGCCAGGGUAGCUGACUUUGGGCUAUCAAGGGAAGAGAUGGUUACCAAACAAGUGUCCAAUGUUCGAGGGACUUUUGGAUAUCUUGAUCCUGAAUAUGUAUCGACACGGUCAUUCACAAAGAAAAGUGAUGUUUACAGCUACGGGGUGCUUCUGUUUGAACUCAUUGCAGGAAGAAAUCCUCUCCAGGGUCUCAUGGAGUACGUUGAGCUAGCGGCCAUGAAUACUGAAGCAAAAGUCGGAUGGGAAGAAAUAGUCGAUCCUCGUCUUGAUGGGAAAUACGACGUUGAAGAACUUGAUGAGGUGGCCACUCUUGCACACAAAUGUGUCAAUCGUGUUGCUAGAAGAAGGCCAUCGAUGAGGGACAUUGUCCAGGUGCUCUCAAGAAUUCUUAAAUCCAGACACAUUCGGUACCAUCCGAGUAGUUCCUCGACUCCCAGAGCAGGCGAGGUAAUCGUCAACAUGGACCAACUAACACGUCCGAGCCCAAUUCCUGAACACCGAAGAGUAGAAUCUGUGGACAGCACAGCCGACUCUAUUGAUGUUUAAAUGAUUCACUCUCCCCCUUCUCUCAGAUUUUUUUAUUUGUAUUUCUUCUUGGUUUUGUUUCUGAUUUUCUGUUUUUAAUUUUAACAUAAACUCUUCAGCUUUAUAGGAUUGAGAAUCACAACCAUACUUGUGAGUAGCAGAGCUUCUGCUUGAGAUAGGUAGGAUUCAGUACACUUCCUCUGGUCUUGCGACCUCAGUGUAGGGUAGUGAAAUUUUCUUUCUUAAUCUUCCCAAUUUUGUAUAUGAAUUCCGGAAUUCAAAUGAAUCAAAAGUUAUGCUGAUUGUACA